CGGGCAUCGAGAUUCAAGUCCAGCCCCCAAUUCCACGUUCUGUGGGCGGCAUUAUUUCUGCACGAAAUUCACCGCGUCGGAUGACCCGCUUGACAAGUCGAAGGCUGCACACCUUCUCGAUACAUCUCCCACCAAUACCAUUACUGCUCGAGCAACUGUUCAUUGCGAACAUCCCAUCGUCAAACGUCCCUGACAUUCUUCACUCUCUCAUUCAUAAACUGUUUCAAAGCUUCCAGGGAUUUGGAAUUUGCGAACUACCACCUCAGGUCAGGGAACCAACAGCGCCAGAGGGGCUUCUGGGGUCUUUCGAGGUUGCACGUCGAGUUGUACGACAAGCUCGUUCUUUAGGGGCCUCCAGAUCCUUUUCCGGUAGUUGGAACCACUUCUUCCUGCAAUAUUAAAUACCCCACAUCCUCCACGCCAUAUCGAACCAUGAACACGAACCUUCCGAUUCUGAUCAUCGGAGGCGGUAUAGUUGGCCUCACACUGGCGCAGGCCCUACAUAAAGCUCGAAUACCCAGCAUUGUCUUCGAGCGCGACGUUUCGUCUCUCUCGGUUGGUGGUUGGGGGAUAACGGUCCAUUGGGCGCUGCCGGCUUUCGAGUCUUGUCUUCCACCGCAUAUCUUCAAUCGGCUGCGCGAUAUUCAGGUGGAUCCAGAGCAGGGAAAGAACGAUACAGGGCGAUUUGUGUUCCUGGAUUUGAGCAACGCGGAGCCACGGUACAUCAUCCCACCGAGCAAGCGGCUGCGGAUCCAUCGAAAGAAGCUUAGAACGCUGUUGACAGAAGGGGUACCGGUAGUGUGGCAUAAGUCGCUGCUUAGCUUUACGCAGACGUCAGGAUCGAUUCUUGCGCACUUCGAAGAUGGGACAACGGUUGAGGGGGCGUUGCUGGUGGGGGCCGAUGGCAGCUCUUCACGAACGCGAAGAUUGCUGUAUGCUGGGACCGCAGAUCCAGAUGCAUGGAAGCUGAAUCAACUGCCGGUGCGCUUCAUGGGCGUGACAAUGCGAUUAGCUCCCUUUCAAGCUCAAGUCCUGCGAGAAAUUGAUCCCCUACUCUUCCAAGGCUCGCAUCCAACAUCCGGCGUCUUUCUGUGGUACUCGAUACUGAGCACACCAGAAGUAAACGGCAGUGGGGGAAUAGCACUAACUCCAGAGUACUACGAAGCUCAAUUGUGCUUGAGCUGGCGUUCGACUGAAAAUGACGUCCCGGUAACCAACCAGGACCGUGUUGCAAAAAUGAAGUUUAUGGCGCGAAAUUUCGAAGAGAGGCUGAGGAAUGCUGUUUGGAACAUCCCAGAUGAUGCAGAAGUCCUCGAGAUAAAUAUCCAGGACUGGCCAACGCAGAGAUGGGAUAACAAGGAGGGCUUAGUGACUCUUUGCGGCGACGCUGCGCAUGCAAUGACGAUGUAUCGCGGUGAGGCGUUCAAUCAUGGUAUAACAGAUGCUGCGAGACUAAGUGAGCGUAUUAUUGAGGCAUACGUGGGCGGUUACGAUGCAGAGAGACUUCAUCAGGCCGUUGACUCGUACGAAGUUGAAAUGAGAGAGCGUACACGCGACGCAGUGCUUUUGAGUCGUCAAGCAUGUCUCGACGCCCACGAUAUCGACCGCUUAGGACCACAAAGUCCGCUGGUGAGUAAGAGAGCGAAGGUCUUGGAACCAGGGCAGAUGGCCAGUUAAAUGCAGUCGUCGUGUUUCAGAAUGUGGGGAGCGAUCUCCCGAGAUACGCCACGAUUGAAGCGUUACUUUUUUGGGGGGGUUGGCAUGAGAUAUCCGCUAAGGAACGGCGUAUGGUGGACAAAGUGACGCUGAAAUAUAC